ACACUACAAAAGUAUUUACAUACAGAAGGCACCUUUAAAAGCAGUUUUCUGUGACUGACUUUGGACAAUAAGUGGGCUCUGUGUGACUCCAUAAACCAGCAUGGCUCAAGUUCCUCCUGCAGGAUCAGUGCUGGUGGCUGACUGGCAUCAGUGCAGAGAAAGCAGGGACUAUUUCAACAAAAUCUUACACAAGAAGAGACGCAAAAACUUUGGUCUGUUGGAGUCUCCAGUGAUGCCACCACAUGUCGCUGUGGACACAGUUAAUUAUAAGAUCUUUAUCUCUGGCAAGAGUGGAGUUGGGAAAACUACUCUGGCUGCACGUAUUGCAGGGCUGAAUAUUCCCAACAUGCACCAUGAAACCACAGGUAUUGAGACGACAGUUGUGUACUGGCCAGCGAAGCUGAGAGAAAGUGGCAGAGUGGUAUUUUUUCGUCUGCAGUUAUGGGAUUGUGGCGAGAACGCCUUGCGUAGAUUUGAUCACUUGCUUCCGUCCUGUAGGGAGCAGCUAGAUGCCGUCCUCUUGCUAUUUUCCUUCACCGACAGGACAUCUUUCGAUGACCUACCAAAUCAAAUUACUAAAUGGACUGGAUCACCUGAGGGUCAUGUUGUCAAAGUGGUUGUUGGCACCAAAUUUGAUCUGUUCAUGCACUGCGACGUGACGGAGAGAGAUGUAAAGGAGUUCCAGGAGACAUGGAGAUUACCAGUGCUGCAUACAGGAGGGGAGGUCACGGAUGGGCUGGGUGAUAUUGCCCCCCUUCUUAACUGCCUUGCAGAGAACUUGUGGUAUCAAGACUGUCUUACAGCUGGGGCCAGCCACUGUUUGCAGCAGGAGGAAGCUGCGACUGUACUUUAAUGACUCCUAUUGCACAUGUAUUGUGCCAAAUAAUGCAACGAGUCCCAGCGAGCGUUGUAAAAGCUACUUAAUCUCCUCUUCUAUAAAGGGGACCCCUCCAUGCAAAAAAGAAAACGUGCACAAUUGUGAAGUAAUGGAGGACAAACAUUAAAAGCUGCAAUGUUCAGACAGCGCAGUGCAGCAGAUUGACUUUACAAAAAACAGGCUGUGCUAUCAGCUCCUUUGGAGUAAUUGAUAAGGGGAGCAGUUUCCUUUAUUAGAGCCAGAAAAGAGAAGUCAGAUAUGAUCCAAACCCCCCACAGAAAUACCAACUCCCACUGUAAACAGUCAUGUGGGCUGACAUUCUAACUCUUUGAACAACGUUUUGUCUUAAGAGGCUCUUCCUGCUCAACCAUGAAUUUAAUUAGGCUGAUUGGAUUAGUUCAUAAAAACCUUUAUUGUGCAUUGAAAAUAUUAAAAAGGGCACAAUGCUUAAAAUACACCAGUAAUGUAACCAAAGUGCAAGUAGUACAAGUUUGUUUGAUUACUGUGACAACGUUAGUGCCUUUUAGACAUUGAAUUGUGCUCCAAGAGGGCCAUCAGAACAGUGUCCCAAAAAGAAAGUACUUCAUGUAGGAAAAAACAAAAAACGCACCAAAGCAAAACUUAAAAGUUGCUAAAUCCAAUAUCCAUCACUCUUUUGAUGACAGCGCCUUCAUCCAUAAUUCCUUAUCCGAGCUGAAAUUGAAGGGAAAAGAAAAAUACCAUCAUUAGAUGCAUGACAGUUAAAGUCGAAUCGUGAUCACAGCAGAGAUGUUCUG